AUGCCUCCAGAUGGAUCAACCUUCACGGCCCUAAACCUACCCCCGACAUUCGAACUCCCCCAAUGCAUGGAAUACUUCACCCUCCGCGCAGGCCCAAACACAGACCUCUGGCGCAAACCACCUAACGGCGAAACCUCAACAGCCCCAAUCGUCUUCACAUCCCUCCGCCACGCCUUCGUCGUAGCAGAAGUGACCGUGAGCGCAGACUGGGAAAUGGAAUGGGACCAAGGCGGGCUAGUGAUCUUCGCCGGCGCCGCACCACAAUCCUUCUCCUCUGACGUCGAUGGACGAACGCACACGCCAUCAGGAUCAGGACUCCGCAGCGCGCCACGCUCCCCCUGCAAAUGGGUGAAAGCCGGCAUGGAGUUUUCAUCCGGGACAGUGAACGCGUCGUCUGUGAGCGCGACAGCCGACGGGGCGGACUGGUGCUUGUCGCCGCUGGCGCAGUCGGCGCAGGCGGGACUGGCGAUUCACUCGCUGCGCAUUAAGCUCGAGCGGGUUGGACAUGCGCUGUGGAUCUGGUACCAAGUUCCAUCGGCGUCGGUGUUCGCCAUGUCGCCUGGGGCGGUGGGGAGUAGCUGGAAGAAGUUGCGGGAGGUGACGUGGUUCUUUUAUGGGGUUGAGGAUAAGUUUGUGCAUGUGGGCGUUUAUGCGAGUCGGCCGAUGGGGUUGUCGCGUGGGGGCACUAUGUGGGAUGCUAUGCAUGGGAUGACGCUUGAUGGUUCUUUGCCGACGGGUUCGGCGGAUGGGUUGGUGGUUGAGUUUGAGGAUUUGGAGAUUUUUUAG